GAGAGAGAGAGAGAGAGAGAGAGAGAGAGAGAGAGAGAGAGGUGGUUUUUGGGCCACAUGGCUUGGUUGUCAGUGAGAGUGUGUACUGCAACAGACAGACACACAGAGAGCCAAAGUGUGGUCGUGGACCUAAGGACUUCAAACAUGCCCAUCGGAAGACAAACCAGGUGACUGGACCGGAUUAUAUUGGAUCAUUACAUGAUAUUACAUACUGGGAUUAUGACAAAAUGACGAUAACCCAAAGGUAACUCCCAGAUGAGAAUGUUUACUGUCCUGUUCCGUCCAAGAGAAGAUAAGCUCUGACAGAGACUGAAAGAGUCCUCAGAAGAGGAACAGGUUGGCCGGCUCUUUUGAAUUCAGCAGCUGGAUGUAAAUACUGGAUUUUAAUGAAUGUCCAGUAUUCAAAGACUCAAGAAAUACAUAUAUUAUGUGUCAAUUUUCUAAGGAUUCAAAUACGUAUCAGAGGACUGAAGAAAUAUAUAUAUAUAAGGACACGAGAAAUAUCUGGACUCAAGAAGAUAUUCUGACUACACAAGAGUGUGUCCUUUAGAUGUGUCUGAACAGUGGAUCAGUCCGAGCUUCUCUACACACACGUGAUCCAGAGAGCGUUUCACCCACGAGGGACGGCUGCGUUCUGACCUGUUUUCUUUGUGACAUACCGUGAGUCGCCGACACAUAAAUAGAGACCCAGAAAAUACCCAGAGUCCCUAGCGUCCCGGCAGAAACAGCAGAGCGAGAAGCAACCACGCACACUCACGCACAAACACACCUGGUUCAUGAGUCGAUACAUUCACGACUUGCUUUGUGUCGUGACGUUUUCCACUUCAUCCUACUCCAGUAUAGGACAGACACCCCCUUAACCCACAAACUCUCCCCUCUGACCUCUAACCCUUGACCUCUGACCCCUGAUCUCUGAACCCUGACAUCUGAACCCUGACUCCUGACUAUGAGCCCUCAGGGGGGUCAGUACCUCAACAAGGCAGCGGUCUUCUCCUCGCUUGGCGCCGCCCGCCUCUCCCAGCUGGCCCUGGGCUGCUCAGUGGUCGCCAUGGUGAGCCACAGUGCGGGCUACAGCGGAGGGUCGUACGGCGUGUUCUGCAUGGCGGUGUGGUGCGCGUGCUUCGGCAUGACGACAGUGGUGUUCUUCCUGGACGCCACCCGUCUCCACGCCUGUCUGCCCGUCUCCUGGGAUAACCUGACGGUGGCAUUCGCCGCCCUGGCGACCCUCAUGUAUGUGACAGCCUCGGUGGUUUACCCAGUCUACUUUGUCAGAGCAGAGUGCCCCUACGGAGGCUGUGAGGUCCGGAACUUCCGCAUCGCCGUCACUGUCUGCUCCAUCGCCGGCUCCCUGGCCUACGGCGCCGAGGUGAUCCUCUCGCGGGCCAAACCAGGCCGGGUCGUGGGCUACAUGGCAACCGUCUCCGGCCUCCUCAAGGUCGUCCAGGGCUUCGUGGCGUGCAUUAUCUUCGGAGCGCUGGCGAACGGGACCGAGUAUUCACGUCACGUAGCGACGAUUUACUGCGUGGUCGUCUACGCCGUCUGCUUCGCCAUGACGACCGUCGUGGUUAUAUUGACCGUGUCCGGUCGCACCGGGUGUCUGAAGUUACCGUUCGACCGGUUUGUUGUUGUUUACACGCUCUUGGCGGUUCUCCUCUACCUCAGCGCCUCCGUCGUCUGGCCCGUGUUCUGCUUCGACAGGAAGUACGGAUCGCCAGAGCGCCCGUCGUCAUGCCCGCGGGGCCGGUGUCCGUGGGAUAGUAAGGUGGUCGUUGCAGUGUUUAGCUUCGUCAACCUGGCGCUGUACGUCGCCGACCUGGUGUACUCACAACGGAUACGUUUCGUAACCCAGCAACCACGGGUGUAGAGCAGAAUGGGACGGAACAGAACAGAAUGGGAUACAACGUUAUUGUACAGCCAGAAGUGAACAUUCACACAAAGACAAUAUGCUUCGUCUUCCCCCACCAACCACUGGUGAGGUGUAGAAUAGGAGGAGGAGUAACCACUGAGUCAGAGAGAAAGGGGCGUCGACUAUUCAUCAAUCCAUCACAUUUUAUUUAUAAAGCCAUUUUUACAUCAGCAGAUGUCACAAAGUGUUUAUACAGAAACUCAGCCUAAAACCCCAAACAGCAAGAUGCAGAUGUAGAAGCACGGUGGCUAGGAAAAACUCCCUAGAAAGGCAGGAACCUAGGAAGAAACCUAGAGAGGAACCAGGCUAUGAGGGGUCAGUCCUCUUCUGGCUGUGCCGGGUGGAGAUUAUAACAGAACAAGGCCAUUAAGGCUUUUGAUUGAGUACAUCACCUACUUGCAUGAAUGUGUCACCCUCUUUUAAUGAUGGGCUUAUAUCUCACAACCAUGUAACCAUUGAGAUAUAAAAUAUUCUUAUUCAGUGUUUAUGCACAUAACAGCCAGCUAACCCUGCUACGACACCCCAUUCGGGUGACACUCAGUGACUGACCCCUCUCACACCACUCUAGAUAUGAUGGGGGAUGGAUGACAUCACUAAACAUGACAUCACUGACUAACACAAUCCCUCUCCUCUCCUUCUGACUAGCCUAACACACCCUACCAGACCACACCAUUGCAAUCUCUAGCUAAAUCCCUAUUAUGCUGCCUCCCCCACCAACUCCCUGCCCCUCGAGCCCAGACUACCACCACUCUAUCUGGGUGGAAGAUUUGAGAGAGUAGCUCUACUUCACCAACCCAUGACACACUCCACUCUCCGUUUCCCCAGUACCAGCCACCCCCUGCCCCUCUACCCCCAGAACCCCCCCUCUCUUCCUGGGGUGUGAGGGGAGAGUGUGGCCUCUGUAGCAGCCAGCUGGUUGGGGCUUCUCUGUCAGCAGAACCAGAAGGAGAGGAACAGCACAGAAUCUGACCAGCUUAUCACACUCUCACUGGGGUCUGCACAUUUACAUUGAGUCCCCCACCCUCUCUCUGUCUCUCUCUCUGUCUCUCUCUCUGUCUCUUACUGUCUCUCUCUCUCUCUCUCUCUCUCUCUCUCUCUCUCUCUCUCUUUCUCUCUCUCUCUGUCUCUCUGCCCCC